AUGAAUCGAUUGAGUAAAAGAAAAUCAUUAAAAAUGGAUGAAUUAAGUAGUACAUCAAGUUUAAGUAUUUUAGCAAAGGCAUAUGAAGAACAAAUAGAGAAUCAUAGAAAACAAAUAGAUAGAAAAUCGACUUCAAUCAAAGGAAAUGAUAGUAAGACUACUGAUGAGUUAGGUGAACAUAAAUGUUCAUCUAAGCCAAUGAAACAAAUUAAUGAACAGGAAAAUAAACUAAUGCAAAGUGAUAUAUUGUCUGAUCAUCAAGGAAAUAAUUUAACUAGCGGUGAAGAAGUUACAAAGUUUGAUGUUCAAAAACCGUCAAAACCUGAAGUGAUUCCGAAUUUACCACCCUCUGUAUUGGACAUCCCUAAACGUUUAGAACAAUAUGAUCGAAUAAGUAAACAUAAAGAUUUAAAACCUGACAUUACACAUCAAAUUAUCACUGAUGAUAAGAUUCCUGGAAAACCACAUAAAGAUCAUCUCAAUGAUCAGAUGUUAAAACAACAUGAAUUAAAGCAUCAUCGACAUCCUCCUCCUCCACUUCAUCAUCAUAAAAGUUCUACAAAGGAUGAAAUUUUGGAGAAAUCCACUGGUGAUACACAUAAACGUUCAUGUGACGGUCCAAUGUCAUUUGCGAAAUUCAAAAAGAAUAUGAUUUCAGAUAACCUGCCAGUGGAUGAAGAGCAUAGCCAUCAUCAAGGUCGCCAUCUGUCUCAUGACGAGUCAAAAGUUUUUUCAAGAGAUUCAAAGUUUAGAAAGCCAAUACAUAACAAUGAAGGCCAAAUUGGAACUCCACUUGCUCCUAAAAAUAGCUUUGAAGACAAACAUACCAAUAAGAGUAAGAUGGAGCAACAAAUAAAAACGGAAAAUCCGAAAACACAACCUUUGGAUACAAAAGCUUCACGUAAUUCAGAAGAAAACCAUGGAGAAUCUGUGAAAGGCCAAGGACGAAGUGAACUUGUUAAACGAAAUAAAACACAUCAUCAGUCACUAAGAUCUAAACAAAACAAACCUCAUACAUCUAUAACUUCAAAAAAUGAUCGUAUUUCAUCUUGGGUUGAAAAUAGUAGAUAUCAAACAAGGCAACUAUUACAAGAUGGUAUGAUUGACGUCGUUCCUCAGGCUCAACCUCAAAAAUCUGAUUUGAAAAGACAUCAGUCUUUAAAUGAAAAACGGAACUCCUACAAAACUGAUGACAAAAUGAAAUAUAGGCAUUCUGAUGAUCCUUCAAAGAAGCCCAUAAAGAAGGACAGUAUAACUUCUGAUUACAUCGCUUCUAAACUACCUAAAGCACAUUACAAAUUAAAUGAUCAGAAAGAUCCUACAAAACCAUUGGAUAGUAAUCAACUGAAUAAAAUUGAUAGUUUAAAAGAUACUCAUAAGAAAUCAAUCAUUGAAAAACAACAACAAGACCAAAAUAAUAAAGAUAAUAUUGUAAAAAUACCUGACAUAAAACAGGAAGAGAAAUAUCCAUCUAAAAGUGUGCGUAAACAACAUCCUUCCGACGAAGUAAAUAAUCUGGAUGUCGAACAAUCUGUUGGAGGAAUUCCACAUCAUUCAAAGCAAUCCAAUCCAAGUAAAACUAAACAACCCUUAAAAGAAUGUGAUGGUAAACAGUCAAGACUAUCAAUAAAAAAGCAAUCAUAUACAAAAGAUAAUGAUAAUGAUGAAGGCAAGAGAGGAAAUCUUACGAAAAACACUGAUGAAGUAUUAAGUCGGUCGAAACAAUCCAUUGAAUUAGAUCAACAUAAAAGAGAAAAGAUAAUGUACCAGAUCGAACAGUUGAUCGAGGUAAUCGUCAUUCGACUACGACAGAAACGCGAAGUAAAGUGA